AAUGAAGAAAUUGAGGGGGAAGUGGGGACGAAAUAUCAAAAUGCCGAUUUUUGGCAAUUUUCCGGAUUCUCCGUAUCCGAAAACGGGGAUUUUUGGCAAAAAAAAAAGAAAAUAAUAAUACUAAAUAAAUAAAAAUAAAACAAAAUUCGGAGAAAAUGGUGGAAAACGGGAGGGAGUCUUUCCGACAGUUAUCCAAGGCACCGCGCAAUAAGACAAAAUUGAACCUGAAACUAUUUGGUUGCAGACCAAGCUUCUUAACCUCAUAACCAUAUCUGCACUCAUAAUUUAAAAAAAAAUGUUUAUUCUUUCAGGUACAGCACGGUGUUUCUUUGGAGGCGCAGUCAGAGCGAAUAAUUUAGAGAUUCCCAUUGAAGUAAAGCCUCUUCCAAGAGUUGAAAUUACCCCCAACCCAAUAUAUGUAGAGGAAGGAAAAAAAGUUGACGUGUCUUGUUCCAUUACCAACAACGUGAAUGGCAAAGUCUAUAUCAAUUCCACUAAAGCAGCUGAAGGAGGAAACACUGCUAAAAUUACUUUAGACAGAGUAACAAAAGAUCAGUCUAUUAUUUGCUACGCUGUAACUGAUGAUCAGAGAGGACCGAUAAAGAAAGCAGUACUUGAAUUUAUUGCUCAAGGGGCGAAGAUGUGCAGCAAUUCAACAGACAAUGACGGAAAUAAAUGGCCACAGACAGCUUCUGGCAAAACAGCCAAGAUUCUAUGUGAAGGAGACUAUACAGGAAUGAUUUCUAGAUAUUGUGCAGAAGAUAAAACGUGGGGCGAUCCGAACAAAGAGCAUUGUAUCAGACGUGUUUUCAUCGAUAUUAUCAAUAAAGUAAGUGAAAUUUUGCUACGAUGUUAUAGGCGUAGGAGUGGCUGUGUGGUAAGUAGCUUGCUUACGAACCACAUGGUUCCGGGUUCAGUCCCACUGGGUGUCACCUUGGGCAAGUGUCUUAUACUAUGGCUUCGGGCCGACCAAAGCCUUGUGAGUGGAUUUGGUAGACGGAAACUGAAAGACCCGUCGUAUAUAUGUAUAUGUGUAUAUAUAUAUAUAUAUAUAUAUAUAUAUAUACUAGCAGAAAUACCCGGCGUUGCCCGGGUUAAAGAGAAUAAUGAAAUCUAAAAACGCCGUCUAGAC